AAUGAAGGUUUAUGACCAGGUGAUAUUCACAGAACAGCUCUUGCACCACAGAUCUGUGGGCAACCAAAUCAAGGAGACACGGCGCCAUUGGGAGGAGCGGUGCUCUUGGUUUCCGGCUGCCCAAAGGUAUUUGGAAGCAAGGUGUUCUGACAUUUACAAGGAGAGCCUUGAAAAGUACGGCAACGACCACUUCGAGUUCUAUGCAAAUAGAAAUCGCUUGAAGGAAGAACACAGGGCUAAUACCAAAUCAUAUAGACGUCGGGAAAGAAGAAGGUCUCAUAGACCCAUGGAUCAUUUAAAGGAUUAUAGGGUGUCACCAACUUCAAACGGGGAAUACGGAUGUGUUCGGCCAAUGCAACUACUUCAAUGGCUUUAGGAAUCUAAACGCAUAAAAUUGUAAAAUUUACAAAAUACUAUAAUAGAACAGUAGCGUAAAUAAACAUAUACAUGCAUACCUUACCAUAUGGCGGUAAGGUGUAUUGAGCAUGAAUAGAAAAGAAAAAAUAAAACAUCGUUUGUUUAAACGUAUUCAGCUGUAUUUCGAAUUGGUUCAAAUUUCAAUUUCAAGGAGCAGUUGUUCACAUUUUAGGAUGAAGAAUCCAUUCCUUAUAGUAGCCACUUAUAAAGCAUUAAUAAAAAGAAAAUACACGUGUAUGACAUCUUUAAAAGUUUGGAAAAAAGGUU